AUGGCUCCCUCCGCUAAACAACCACCUCCCCCGCAAGCAACAUCCCAACUCCUGACUCUCACUCCUACUUCUUCUUCUUCUUCCACAGCCGCCGCAUCUCCAGACCCAUCACCACCACCAGCACCACACCCUCGGAAGAAGAGACGAUUGGACCCAUCUUCCACCUCCCUCAGCGACGCUACAACAACGGACGGGGAGUCUUCAAGACACAACAAUCAAGCCUCUGGAAACAACGACUUGGGCAUCCCCGGAUUGCAGGAAUUGUACGACUAUGGAGAGGUUCAGAGAGAGAUUCACGAACGGGCGAGCCAGGAAGGGUUAGGGGGACACUUGCUGAAUAUUGAGCAAACACCAGUGCCUGAUGUUGUGGAUGAGGUUGAGGCAGUUGACUCUGAGGAACCCGAACCCAGCGCAUCACAAUCCGCUGACAGCGACGUCGAGAUUGCCAGCUACAGGAGCGCCGUCGUAGGCAUCCGCUAUUAUCGGGGCAUGGUGGGCAACCACGAAAGCGUCAUCCUCGAGCGGGACCCUGGAAACCCUUACGACGCGAACGCUAUUCGGGUCCUCAACAUCGGCAGAGUACAGGUUGGCCAUAUCCCUCGUGACCAGGCCGCCGCUCUCGCGCGUUUCAUGGAUAGGGGCGACAUUCGCGUAGAGGGUACCGUGCCCAGCGGGGAUCGCGUGUACAAACUGUCCUUGGACUUGGAAGUUUAUGGCUCCGCUGCGGUACGCUCACAUGUACUGGAUGUCCUCGCGCCCUACCUGACCGCCGACAAGAAGGGUGGUGGUCCAAAGAAGCCGGUUCCCCUAGGCCCGCCCGUCGAUCUCGCUCUGCAGCAACUCGUUCGCGAGGGCAUCAAAACGGAUCCCAGCCAGUCACGGAGGAUGUUGGACGAUCUCUGUCGUAAGGGCAAGGAACUCUCGGAGAUGCCUCUUCAUCCGCAAGCGCCGUCGGCUCUGCGCACCAAGUUGCACCCGUAUCAACUCCAGGGACUUGCCUGGAUGGUCAAAAGCGAGCACCCGCAGUUACCGACUGAAGCUGAUAACGCAAACACCAAAGAGGACCUGCCUCAGAAACAGUUCUGGAUGGUGCAGCGGGAUGAGAAGGGACUCUUUUACCUCAACGUGGCCACCGACAGCCCCGUGCGAGCUCCGCCGCAACUAUGUCGCGGUGGCAUUCUGGCGGACGAUAUGGGUCUCGGCAAAACUCUAACCUCGAUUGCCCUCAUCCUCAGCGACCCCACUGGCGCGCCCCUCAUCCCACCCCCCGUCCCCGACGUAAAGUCAAAGUUCGGAAAGCAAACGCUCAUAGUGGCUCCACUCUCCGUCAUCUACAACUGGUGCACGCAGAUCCACACGCACGUGCGCGACGGCGAGCUUUCCGUCUACGUUUAUCACGGAAACGACAGGAACGUCACAGCUGCUGCUUUGAGAAAGCACGACGUGGUCGUCACGACAUAUCAGACAUUGGCGUUGGAACCGAAUGGAGGGCAGUUGAGUCAAUCGGCCAAAGCGAAGGGCAAACAGCGCGCGAGGGGGCAGGAUGACUUGCCGGAGUAUACUGGGGUUUUGCAUUCUAUCAAGUGGCGGCGGGUCUCACUGGAUAUCGCACGCAAACCUGCGAAUGGCCACCUCAUCCGCAACCGCAAAACCCAAGUAUCCAUAGCCUGCGCAGCCCUUCACUCCGAACGCCGCUGGAUCCUCUCCGGCACCCCCAUCGUCAACGAAAUCGACGACCUCUACGGCAUGGUCCGCUUCCUUAAAGUCGAGCCCUUCGACGACCACCAAUGGUGGAAUCGCUGCUUUAAACGGCCCCUCAGCAGGGGUUUGGAGGAUGGGUUUCAGCGGCUGCGCGUGCUGAUGCAGGAGAUUUGUUUGAGGAGGACGAAGAGUAUGAAGAUUGAGGGGGAGCCAAUUGUGAUGUUGCCACCGGCGAAGGUCUUUAUGUUCAAGUGUAAAUUCGAGAAGGAGGAGCAGGAGGUGUAUGAUGAGGUUGCGGGGGAGAGUAAGAGACUUGUGGCGCGGUUUGCGAAGGAGGGCACUUUGGGUAAGAACUCCGCCCAAAUGCUCGUCUUCCUAACCCGUCUCCGUCAACUCUGCGACAACAUGUCCCUCUGUCCUCAACACUUCCUCGACGACAUGCGUUCAGGGCGGCUAUCCAAGGAAGCUGCAGGCGUGCCCGAGCUGGAUCUCAACGAUGAAAAUAUUCAGAAGCUUCUUCAGAAACUUGUCGAUGCGGAUGAGAAUGGCGUGGAAUGUCCGAUCUGUCUGGAGUCGCUUAAGGGGCCCGUCAUCACCCCUUGCACGCACGUGUUCUGUAGGGAGUGUAUCCAGACUGUUAUCAAGACAAAACCAACAUGCCCAAUGUGCCGCAACGACCUCCAACACAAACCUCUCCUCUCCCGGCCCAAACCCACCAUCACAGAAGACACCGGCUCCCAACCCCUCCCCCGCGCACCCGUCUCAACAUCCACCCUCCCCUACGAAUCCACCAAAAUCCGGCACCUAAUCUCCUUCCUCAAAACACAACCCGCCGACGACAAGGCCCUCGUUUUCUCGCAGUUUACGUCCAUGCUCGAUAUGGGGAUCUCGUUUGUGCGGUUUGAUGGGAAGAUGGGGUUGAAGGAGCGGGGGGAGGUUUUGAGUGCUUUCUCCGGGGUGGUGAUGAAAGAGGGGACGGGGAAGGGGAAGAAGGGAAAAGGGAAGGGAAAGAAAGCUGCGGGGGUGAACGGAGAUGCGGAGGUGGAUGCCCCGCCGAGGGUGAUGCUUAUUUCGUUGAAGUCGGGGUCUUUGGGAUUGAACCUAACAUCAGCCAACCGCGUCUACGUCCUCGACCCCCACUGGAACAGCUCCGUGCAAACCCAAGCCAUCGACCGCGUCUACCGUCUCGGGCAAGUCAAACCCGUCACCGUCGUCCAGCUCAUCGUCGCGGGAACAAUCGAGGAGCGUAUCCUGGAGAUUCAGGCGAAGAAGGAUCGUUUGGUGGAGGAUGCGUUUCGGGGGUUUAAGCAAGGGGGUGGGAGGGUGGAGGAUGCAAGUAGUAGGAGAGCGAGGGUUGAGAGUGAUUUGAGGGUGCGACCAAAAUGCUGCCAUGCCAUCGUUAUUGAGACAAGCACCCUCCCAUCCCGGCAGAAAGUGAGCAAAUGCAAUCCCGGAGACUUCGGCCCCAAACUGGUCACGGACGUCGCGCAGGGCGGAAGUGUUCUGAGAACUGGAAUGUUGGAGGGGCGACCGGAGAGUGGUGUGAGGUUGACGAAGGAUGGGCCUCGGGGUGGGGUUUCCUCCAACCCACUGGUAACCGCCCAUAGAGUCUCCGCCGCUAAGUAUGUCACAGUGACAGAGAGCUCAGUCAAGAUCUACUUCGCGCCACCGCAUGCCCUGCUUAGUGCGACCUGGAUUAAUUCUAAUAUCCUCGACUCGCUGAUCCAUCUUCUGAUGGAUGAAAUUCAGUUAUGCAGGGCCCAAUGCUCGGAAGGCGCAGAUUCUCUCUGGCAUACCAUGCCGCGCCGUCUCGUGGUUGUGCGCCACGCCUCCUAUGGCUCUGGUCUCAUCGUGGCGCUGUCAUUUAUAUUCGUCAAAAGGGAUGUUAAGCUCUCCUUUGAGAGGCAACGCAUUCCUUUAGAAGGAGGAGCUGAGGAACACAAGGGUCUCGCUGGGCCUCGCUUUGUUAAGCUAGGCGCCGGAUUCCCAAGUCUGACGCGCGAGGAGUUGGGGAACUUUCCCCCGACGCGUUUUGUGCUUAUAUCUUUACGGAUUCGCGAAGAGGCAUUCGACUGGGUGAAGGAAUUACUUGGCAGGGAGUACUUACCAAAUCCCUUAUCUUCGCCGCCCUCCCCGAAGGGCACUCCUCCCCACUCCCUCGACACAGAAAUCUUCAACGACGUAUUUGACAAAAUGAUGGUCGCUGAGGGUAUCCAAAGAACACGCACAAUCGUAACAUCACCCGCUUGUCAAUGCUUCCCAAACGAGGAAUUUGAGCCUGGCGGUUUCAAUCGCUGGGCUCGCAUUCCGUGUCGGGAGGGAGUGACGCGACGCUGCGCGGGAAGAUGUUGGAUGGACGGAUACACGGGUCGUUUGAAUGUCAUAGCUUGUUUGGAUGAGCCGAUAUGA